AUGAGUGCUCCCAGACGCAUUGCCUACGAGGUCUUUGCUACCCCCAUCGACCUCCCUCGAAGAAUCGCGCAGCCCUUUCCUCACGACUAUCAGCGGGGUCAGAGAGAGGCCCAAGCCCAAGAGAAGGUCGACAACAACGAGAAGAUCGUCGGCGAGACCGCCAGGAUGGCCGAGACGCUCACAAAGGGCGCCUCCCAGACCCAGUGCGUCUUCAGUGACGAGGAUGUCAUCCCCGGCACCAGCAUUGCUGGCGUCUCUGGCCGGCUUGGUGACGCCAAGCUUGUCUCGAUGCAGCGAAUGGUCAUGGACUCUGUUCCUAAGGGAAGUCAGGUCAAGAUCAUCUUUAUCAUCUCUAAGGAGAAUGGUAAUAACGGUCAAGCUGGAGCUGCUAACAAUGCCGUCGCUGCGGAAGCCGGACCUGCCGAUAAUGACCGCAUUGUUCAGGGGGACAAUGCGGUCCAGGACCGUAUCCGCGUCCAGAUCCGCCAGCACGGCCGUGGCCAGGCUGGUGGUAUCCAGGCUGACGAAAAUGAUGAAGAGGAUGACAUCUCCCCGCGGCCUAGAAAGCGCCGCCGUCUGGGCACUCCCUUCCCAAGAGCUUCCCGCCGAGCCAUGGCCCCCAUGCAUGUGUCGCCGGGAGACGUCAAGGCUGAGGAAGACGAGGACGAGGACAACAGCGUCAAAAAUGAGGGCGAGAAUCUUGAGGAGCGCGACGAAGAGAAUGGCGGCCCCCCGCAGCAGCAGGGAAUCCCCGGAUUUGCUCUACUCAGCCCUGCUGAGAUGCUGGCUACAGCUAGGCGAGAGCGACUCAUGCACGGAGACGAGCAAAUCAAAGACGAGCCCAAGAAAGAGGUCAAGGAGGAGAAUGACGCCGAGGCCCUAUUCUUCUCUACACCCGACGAAGUCAUUGAUCGCUUCAGUCGCAGCCAUCCCAGCCUGCAGGCCAUGGAUAGAGAGACUCGAUCCCUCUACGGUCUUCCUUCUAGCUUCCCGUCCCCAGCUAGACCCGCCCAUGCCUCUCAGCAGAACAAUGCCUCUGACAACGAUGAUGGUGAUGAUGACAACAACAACAACAACGAGGAAGAAUCUUUCCAAACAAGAUACGCCGGUAUCUCCUUUGACGAGUUCCUUGCCGGACAUGCCGGCCCCUUCUCCUCUGAGGACCCUUAUCCUCGUCUUCGGAGCUUGAACGACGGAACUAACUACCCCGGAUAUCACUAG